CCAUGUGUUCAGAACGAGAGAGAGAGAGAGAGGGGGUGAUGGGGGUGAAGGUAUAUGGGCCGCCGACUUUCACGUCCGCGGCACGUGUGAUCGCGGUGCUGGAGGAGAUGGGGGCCGACUACGAGGUGGUGCCGAUCGACUUCGCUGCUGGCGAACAUAAGCAUCCCGCUCACCUCGCCCGAAACCCCUUCGGUCAGGUGCCGGCGUUCGAGGACGGCGAUCUCAUGCUCUUCGAAUCGCGAGCAAUUGCAAGGUACGUGGCGCGCAAGCACAAGUCCUCUGGUCCUGACCUUUUGAGGGAAGGCAACCUACAGGAGUCGGCAAUGGUGGAUCUGUGGUUGGAAGUGGAGUCCCAGCAAUACAACCCAAUCAUCUCUUCAAUCGUCUACGAGUGCCUCAUCAGCCCCAUCUAUGGAGGCGUCCCUGAUCGGAAGCUCAUCGAUGCGAAUGUGGAGAAGCUAGGGAAGCUGCUCGACCUGUACGAGGAUCGACUCUCAAAGACGAAGUUCCUGGCCGGAGACUUCUUCAGUCUCGCUGACCUCAACCACAUGCCUUACUCUCAGUACUUCAUGGCCACCCCUCACGCAUCGCUCUUCGAAUCCCGCCCGCAUGUUAAGGCGUGGUGGGAGGACUUGUCAUCAAGGCCUGCCGUCAGGAAGACGACCGCUGGAAUGCCCAUGGCCGGGUGAAGAAGUUUAAUGGUCAUGGAGAUGGAAGGAAUACGAUUCUGUUCUUGUUUUAGUUUCUGUUCUUGUUUUAGUAUCUUUUGCGCCCCCAUGAGUGUUCAUGUGUGAAGUUUCUGCUCUUGCUUCUCAGUUCUUGUUGCGAGUACUGAAUAGCUUUGCUGUUUCUCAAAUAAUAUGUUGGAUAUGAAACUAAAUCAGUCCUUCCUCAUAA